CAAGUAAUGGUAUUAAAAUACUUUCCUUGCACCUUGAGUGUACACAAAUUAAUGAUUAAUUAAAAAAAUUCAAACAUAUUUUCAAGGUAAAAAAAUAUAUAUUUUUACUAAUGUUAUGAAUUUUUUAAUCAAGAAUAUCAAGAAGUGUUCUCAGGGUUACUCCAUAUGACCUGAACAAAAUGUGCCUUUCCAUAAAAAAGUCAAAAUAUCAGAUUUUUUUAUUUUUUUACUUCACAAACAGUCUUGAGGGUCUAAAGAUAUUUUUUACAUGACAACAAAAUGGCAACCUACAUGAUUACACCACCUGACUAAAGUCUUUCAAAUAUUAAUAGUAUUUUAUAAAUGUUAAAAUGUAUUAUUUUUUAAAGAAAUAAUAAAAUAUGAUCGUGCACCACUUAUGCCAAUAUUUAUUUUUAGAAAAAUGUCAGCUUUUAAUGAGCCUUUGAUUUCUAAAAUUACUGUCAUGAUACCAUGGUACAGUGAUGGUGUCAUGGUAAUACCAUAGAACUUUGAUAUAUACCAUGCUACUGAAUGAUUACCAUAUUCCAUUGUUAUUUACAUGGUACUCCAAGAUGUUUCAAAGAAUACCAUAGGAGAUGUCUAUAAAACCAUGGUAGUACCAUUGUACUGUUUGGUAUUCUUUUGUUAAUAUACUGCACUACAAUACAAAUAUGACACUAAAUACCUGUAAUGCUUCAUACCUAUAAAGUCCCAAAAGGCUUUUUUGCUGAUUGUGCAUGUCCGUUUAGUCUAGAAGAGAACAGGGUGUCUCAUUUGUCAUUUUAUGACUCAAAAGAGAGUCAUGACAACCUCCUAUGCAUCCUUGAUGCACCUUUUUGCCAAGCCCAUGCUUGUGUGGACUUUAUAGACUUGGAGGCUCAGGAUGGCAUUUGUGACUAGACCUAAGUCUUCAAAACCAUGACAGACUUUGUUCUAAAGGACUUUGUCACUACUCCUGUUUCUUUCUAACUUAAAAUCUCACUCACUCACUUACUCAUUCACACUCAUUCUCUAUAAGAUAUUGUUGUGUCAUCCACUGUGGCUCUUGGAAAUUGGCAUUCUAUUAACACUGUGUUACUGAGCUGGAAAAGUCAAACUGAUCAACAGUAGCCAUGCCACGCCUCAAUAGAUGAAGACAAGAAAUACAAGACAUGUCAGGAGGCCCAAUUCAAAGAUACACAGUGCCAUAAAAAGGAACUCAUUUCCUCUUUAUUUUAAGCUCUGUGUGUGGAGGUGAAAAAUUGCUCAUCAGGUUUUUCAAGUUAUAUUAAAGCUGCGUCCCUCUCCUGGGCUCACAGCAAUACUAAGCUAGAGCAGUAAUUUAUAUAAUGCAUAUUCCACAUUUCAUUUGAGAGGUAAUUAAAGUCAUUGAUGGGCUUGGCUGUGAAUACUCUGCAGUUGUACAUGUACUGCUAGAAGAAGCAUAUUUGCUGUUAGCAUUCAUUUCCUGGCAAUGCCUCAUGGAGAGAUUAUAAGUACAGUUUAUACAUUUAGGGCUCAAGUUAACUUCUGCACAGAGUACCUAAUGUAGACUAAAUUCAAAGCUCAAUUGUCUAUAUUGUAAUUUGAGGUAUGGUAAAAAAACAAAAAGGACCUUUGUUGUUUUGGACAUGGUAUCAUGGUAUGUCCAUGUUAACAUGCAUAGGUACAGUUCUUCAAAGAAUACCAUGGUAUAUAAAUAUGGUAAUGUUUCAAUACCAUGGUAUUUUGGCAUCUGAACCAUCACUGUACCUUGCCAUCACCACAUAUUUUAUAAGUGUGGUAGGGAGAUCACUGUAAGUUUAAAUCCAUGACUAAGGAGUUUGAAACAUUUGAAUUUUAUUGCAGGAAAACAUUACAUGCUGCUAGUGUGCCAUCUGAUGUAUUGCAUUAAUGACACACUUCUGUGCUUUUGAGACUGUCAGAUCAAUGACUAGAAACAUGAUACUGUUCUCAUAUGUAGUGUACUGUCUAGUUCACACCCUCCUAGCUUCAGUCCCCCUUUUCCCUUAAGAUCGCAUUUUGCUGGUGAAGAUGUUUUUGGUUGAAAUGUCCUGCUUUUUUCUUUAGAUUGGUAGGUUAAUUUGAUCUGUAGACACAUUUUUCUCAUCUUUGUUAAAGCUGCACUACGGAAGAUUUUUUUGGUUAAAAUGAACAAAAGUCCAUUAUUGAGUGAGCAUAUAAAAAAAAUCAGUGUUCAAAACCCUAUCCUUUCCUCUCCCUGAUUCACUGCGGUAAGCCUACAAUGAUUUUUAUUUUGAGCUAUUAGGUUGGAUUUGGCGCGAUAUUGCUGGCUUACAUUAUUUCCUCCUUGCGUGUUUACGUCAUGUUGUUAGCACAGAAAAGGAGGGCUGGCUACUAUGGCAGCAGGUGAGUAAGGGUGAGUUAAUAAUGAGAGAAUUAUCAUUUUGGGGUGAAAUAUUCCUUUAAAGGUGAAGUGUAUAAUUUCUUUGCCUCUAGUGGCACCAAACAGAAUUUCAAAAAUAACAAUUGUUUUCAAAUAGGAUUCCUGAACACUCCCCCUAUAUUCCAUUGGUCGUACAAACAGAUAUUCCCACCCCAAACCCUGGCAAUUGGCUGAGCCAAUGUUGCGAUGUCAAAUUUUUUAUUUGUUUAGCACUUUUCACAGCACACAUCAUUUCAAAGCAGCUUUACAUGAAAUCAUGCAUAUACAAAAAAAUAAAUAAAUAAAUAAAAAAAUGAAACUGUAAUAUCUAUAAAGUCUUAGAGUGAUCAUUGUGUAGUUUGAUAAAAUAUGGUUGUAAAUUGUGUAUAAAUAUUAAUUAAUUAAAUAAUAAUUGUAUUUAGAACCCCUGUGAGCAAGCCGAAGGCGACUAUGGCAAGGAACACAAAACUCCAUAAGAUGUUGGUUAAUGGAGAAAAACAACAUUGAGAGAAACCAGGCUCACUGUGGGGGCCAGUUCACCCUCUGGCUAACAGCAUGAAUAUAAUGCCAAUAUUAGUUAUUUGUGUGCAGUGCAAGUCAUGGUUUAAAAUUUUUUAUGAACUUUAAGAUUAAUGACUAAUGUCUUUGAAGUUCAUCCUGGAUUAACUGCACAAGUUCACAUAGAUGCAUUGUCCUUUGUUAGUUGGCAGAUGAAGGCUUUUGUUGGCAAUUAAAUGAUAGUCUAUGUAUUCCAUUUCAAGAGUGUAGUCCAUCAAUAGACAAAGGUGAUGCAGGCAGAGAUCAGUGCAUCGCAGUUCAACCGGCGGGUCAUUUUGGUGAGUUUCGUUGGGGUCCAUCCUAAGUCCGAGGUUCAGACGGUGGCAUAUGAAGAAUCCGAUGUCUUACAGUUGGUGUUGGCAUCAGUUCAUCUGAAGUCAAAAGACUCAAGUGAUGUCUGGCUAGCAUCGGCUGUAGUUUGUCGUCAUCACUCAGCGACACGUAGCAGUGGAGUCCGACACCAAGCAGGAACGGAGCUGGAUCUGGCCGGCUCUGGUAACCUCGGGAUAUGACAUGGAAACAAAUAGAAUAAUAUUAGCGUAGAUGCCAUUCAAUUUUAUGUAGAGUUAUAGAUCAUGAUAGAUGUGGAUAAUAAUACAUAACAGACAUGGAUAAAAUGUAAAAGAGCACAAUUAUAUCUAGUGUAUUACUGAAUGCUUUGACAGAGUGGAGUCUUUCCCUCUUCUCAAGAAAAACAUUGUCCGUUAACCAAAGUCACCCAAGGCAGAAAAAGCUAGUUUUUACUUUUUUGUUGUUAGGAGAAAAACCAGUGUAGUAGUAACCUUACUAAUAGGUUACAUUUUUGUGGUUUUAACACAUUGCUUAAUUUCAUAUAUUGUUCUGACAGUAUGACUUUUGUUGGACUUCCUGUACAAGUGAUUGAGCAAUAGUUGUCCCUUAGUUUCAUGUUUUAUGUUACUUUUAAAGAAUUUGGUAGAAAUGGUUGUAAAGAAAAUAAAUGGCUUGUGACUUCUGAAGAAGGAGCCUGCUGUAAGGAGACACUUCCUCUUUUGAGAGGAACUUAGAGUGGGGCUUUGUCAUCAGAAUCUCAGUGUAAACUACAGCAUGUAAUAUAUAAAUGUUUAUAGCUCAAUAAUCAAAAUGAUGCACUAUUGUCCUCAAAUAUAACUAUGAAUAUAUUGUCUUGAAACAAAAGCAUACUAUAUUUAUGAUUUUUGUAGUAUUCACAUGUAACUUGUAACUGACAAGUUACUGUAUUUGAUACAGGCAUUGCAACUCCAACUUCCUUGUUUCAAAUGUACAUCAAACAUGUUGCUUGCCACAGUUUACACUUUUCAGGGAAAUCAACCUGCAAAUGCACAUUAAGCAUGGACACACUGAAAAAAAUAUUAUGUGAUGAACUAAAUAUACUGUAACAGAAAAGAUAAAGUACUUUUUACAUUGAAUAAUUUAGUUUAAAAGAUUAGUUCACCCAAAAAUGAUAAUUCUCUCAUGAUUUACUCAUCUUUAAGCCAUCCCAGAUGCAUAUGUCUUGCCUUCUUCAGCAGAAAUGAAAUGAAGAUUUUUAUAAGCUGUAAGGGGGUUCAGUGGAAAGGAGGAGGCGAGAACCGGCUUAAUAAUAUAAAUAAUAAUUUAAUAAACAGUUUAAACAAAACACACAACCAAAAACACACAGUACAGCUGCCUGCAAUUCUCUCUCUCUCUCGAACUGUCGUCCCCGGCCGCCUCUGUCCCUCGCGCGCCCCAUCAGGCUGAUUGGGGACCGGGUGUGUCUCAUUCCAGCCCGGCCCCGCCCUCCUCAGCUCUACACUUCUCCCGGCGUUGCCUCAGGCCGGGGAGCCCCCGGCAUGACGUACAUCCCCCACCCUAAUGUGGGGAAAUAAUGGGGGGGGGCAUGCCUUACGCCCGACUGUCGGCGGGUCAUCCCCGCCUUCCUCGACCUGGGAGGAGACAGGAGGGGAAAAACAACAAAACAAAAUGGCGAGGGAAAGGCCAACAUGGAGCGACAGAGAGAGAGAGAGGAGAGAGAGAAAAAGAAACUCACCGGUUCUCUGAUGCGCCGUCGCGCGGUCCUCGAUCACUACUCCACCCUCUCAGGCGGACUGCAGCCGCUCCUCUCCGGGCGGACCGGAGUCAGACCUCCGACCCCCAGCGGACAGAACGCCCCUCCCCGUUCCCGGCGUCCCGUGGGGACACAUAAGCAUAUUCAGCUCUGUUUGUCCAUAUAAUUAAAGCAAAUUGGUGCCAUGACGCUGCAGGCUGUUUGACGGUCCAAAAGACAUAUUUACACAGCAUAAAAAUAAUACACACAACUCCAUUCGAAAAAUAAACACUUCCUGCUACUAGUCGUCCCAUCACGGAGCUGUCGCGUGAUGCAGGCAUAAUGGCGCAUUCACGCAAGAAGUCGGAAGGGCGUGCUUUGUAUACAACAGAGGAACGAACGUCACGCGAGAGUUAGGUCAUUUCAAACAGCAAUACAGCAGUAGGCGGAAGCAACAAUUUAAAGUUAAAAACGUUUUAAUUAUUGAUUUGUUUCUUACACAAACCUAUCGAUUUGCUUCAGAAGACAUUCAUUGAUUGCCUGGAGUCAUGUGGAUUACUUUUAUGCUGCCUAAAUAUGCCUUUUGGACAGUCAAAAAGCCAGCAGCCUCACGGCACCCAUUCACUUACAUUGUAUGGACAUACAGAGCUGAAAUGUGCUUAUAAAAAUCUUCAUUUCGGUUCUACUGAAGAAGGAAAGACAUACACAUCUGGGAUGGCUUAAAGCGCCAGCCAUCGUUACAGAAAUACCUAACUGACACAUAUGAACCCAGCAGUUCAACUACUCCGCCUACGACAGGAGAACCAUCCCCUGGAGGAAUAUGUGGAGGAUUUCUGCAUUCUGGCCUGCCGGGUGGACUUUAAUGAGGUGGCCCUCAAGGACUGUUUCCGAUUUGGAUUAAAUGAGCCCAUCUCUUCUCUGAUGCCAGGCGGUCAGAGUACCUACAACCUGGCUCAAUAUAUUGACCUCGCCCUUGGUUCCACGUUCACUGUGGGGGAGGCAGAUGCCAAGCCAGAGGUCUACGACAUGGGUGCCGAGCCAGAGGUCCACGACAUGGCCGCUGAGCCAGAGGUCCACGACAUGGCCGUCGAGCCAGAGGUCCACGACAUGGCCGCCGAGCCAGAGUUUCACGUCAUGGCCGCCAAGCCAGAGUUCCUCGUCAUGGUCGCUGAGCUAGCGCCAUCUUUUGCUCCUGAUCCUGUGCCUGCUCCAUGCUAUGUCACAGCAACGCCUCAGCCUGCUCCAUGCCAUGUCACAGCAACGCCUCAGCCUGCUCCAUGCCAUGUCACAGCAACGCCUCAGCCUGCUCCAUGCCACGUCACAGCCACACCUGAGCCUGCUCCAUGCCACGUCACAGCCAUGCCUGAGCCUGCUCCAUGCCACGUCACAGCCACGCCUGAGCCUGCUCCAUGCCACGUCACAGCCAAACCUGAGCCUGCUCCAUGCCACGUCACAGCCACGCCUGAGCCUGCUCCAUGCCACGUCACAGCCACGCCUGAGCCUGCUCCAUGCCACUUCACAGCCAUGCCUGAGCCUGCUCCAUGCCACGUCACAGCCACGCCUGAGCCUGCUCCAUGCCACGUCACAGCCACGCCUGAGCCUGCUCCAUGCCACGUCACUGCCACGCCUGAGUCUGUUCCACACCAUGUCACGGCCACAUCUGAGAAGUUGGACCCGGAGAUGGUUCCUGCCCUUGUACCCACCCUUAGUUCUCCUGAGCAGGCAAGGGGAACUUUCAACCCUCUGACCCCACCUGGACCCUCCGAGCCCUGGACUCCGCCUUGGCCUGUCAGUCCCUUGACAUUGCCUCAGCUCUGCAUUCCCUCGGCUCCACUGCGGUCCUUCAGCCUGUCGGCUUUGCCGGGGUCCCUCUUCCCUCCGGCUCCUCCUUGGUCUGUCGGUCACCUGGCUCCGCCUUGGCUCUCCGAUCCUCUGGCUGCACCUCGUCCCUCCGAUCUCUCAGCUCUACUGGGGACCUCCUUCCCUACGGCUCUGCCUUGGUCCUCAGUCCCACCGGCUCCGCCUUGCACCUCUGAGCCUCCAGUACCGCCUUGGUCCUCCCUGCCAUCAGCUCCACACUGGUCCUUUGAGUCUUCAGCUACUCUCUGGGCACCAGGUUACAUGGUGUCACCCUUCAAGUCUCUCACGGCUCCGCUUUCCAUGGCUCCACCCCUCAAGUCUCUCACAACCCCACCUUCCACAGCUCCACCCCUCGAGCUUCUCAGGGCCCCACCUUCCAUUGAUUCUGCCCUGGUCCCAUGCCCCACGCCCUGUUUCGCUAGGCCACACCCCACGCCUCAAGACCCCCCCCCCCCAACUCCCUACAGAACUUUGGAACUGUGUUAUGUUAUGUGUUUGUUCAUGUUUUGGGGCAUUGGGUUCAUGUCUUUUAUUUUGUAUUCUAGUUCCUGUUUCAUGUCAUGUGUUCCAUAGUCAUGUGAUGUCCUGUUUUCCCUCCAUGUUCAUGUGUCUUGUUUUCAUUGGUUCAUUGUUUGAUUAUCUUGUUAGUCUGUUGGUUCAUUGGUUUAUGUUUUCCCAUGUCCAAGUAUUUAAGCCCUAAUGUUUUCCAUUGUUCUUUGUUAGGUAUUGUGUGUUUGGUAUUGUGUCAUGCUAAGUUCAAGUCAGGUCAAGUUUAUGUUCAUGUUAGUUGUUUAUGUUUAUGUUUUGUUUAGUUCACGUUUAUAGUUAGGGUUUUGGAUAUCACUUAUGUAAAUAAAUUGCACUUGGGUUCAUCUUUAUCGUGUCUUCAUCGUUUUCGUCAUUGCCAGUGCCAGCCAUCGUUACACAUUUUUUUCCAAAUGUGCAUUAUUUUUACCAUUCUUUGUGGAAUUGAAUACCCCCUUUUCUUUUACACUGCUGUAUAAAAUCUAUUAAUCUCUCUCUCUCUCUCUCUGCGUGCUUUCAUGUACGGAUCAGGUUUGUAAGCCAGACCAGCUCUUCCUGGAUGGCUUAGAUUAUUGUGCUGUGCAGGGAUACUCUUUUUCUAUAACCUGUGGGCUUAAAGAUGUCUCUCUCUCCUAUUGAAAAUGAAAUCCUUGACAUUUUAAAGCUGGAUGCAAUGACAUUAUUGAGACUGUUUGAGGAUAACUCUUAGUAGUACAAACAAAUCUAUAUAAUGGAAAAGAAUACAUUUAGAGAUAUAAGAAUACCAGUUUGCAUUGCUUAGGUGUUCUGAGUGGUUGCUAGGGUGUUCCGGGUGGUUGCUAGGUGGUUAAUAGCACAAAUUGGGGACAAGUUUCACCUCAAAAUGUAGAACUUACUGUAUGUUAGGGGAUUUCUAAAAAUCACUAAAACCUAUGUAUGCCUUAGCAAACACCACUAAAUGCACUUUUGUGUUGUGUUUAUGGUGUUUUCAUUAUAAUAUGACUUGGCUUGUUGAUAUAAUAUAACAUUUUAUAGAAUAUAAUGGUGAAAGUAUUAGCAGUGAUCUGGUUUGUCUCUC